AUACUCCAUCUUGAAUGCUGGCUUUAACCUAUUUCCAUGGGUAGUGGAAUCGAAUUCCAGAGAAUUUCGCUGAUAUCAUCCACGGAUCAUCAAAGCAGUGACGCGGGACUGAGGUACGCGCGGACGACGUCGUACGAAGGACACUGUUGAUCUUUCUUUUCUUUCAUCCGCCUCGCAUCUCUACUAUAUCUCUCCAUCAUCUAUUUCCAAUCUGAAAAUAGUGGUAAUUAUUAUUAUCCCUUCUGUUCAUAGACAAUGCCCAACAGCCGGACCGAAGCUGCGAAGCACAGCCUACUCCCGACAAUUAUCGACGACCUUGCCUGCCAGGAACCAGGCAGUAUAUGGGGGGAAUAUCCAAGGUCUGAGGCCUCUCUGAAAUACGGCUAUGAGAAGAUUUCGUAUGCACAGUUUGCCAAUGCGGUCAAUGGAGUUGCACACCAGUUGGAGAGCACACUCGGUAGGAAAGACACAGGAGAGCCAUUGGCAUUCCUGGGCUCCAAUGAUCCUCGCUGUCCUAUUGCCUUGAUUGCAGCCAUCAAGGCCGGCUUCAAGCUUUUUCUCAUCUCGGAAGGAAACAAUCUCACGACCAAUAUCAAACUGCUUGACGAUGUCCAGUGCUCAACUCUGGUUACUACAAGCAAACUCCUGCCACCUGUUCAGUCCCUUCUGGCUGAGAGAACCAUGACUAGCGUGGAACUAUUCCCUCUUGAACUUCUCUUGAAUAACCCGCACUCUCCAUAUCCCUUCACGAAGACCCUUGACGAAGCGGAGCGAGAUACAGCCUUCAUGACUCACACGUCUGGGUCUGCAGGCUUUCCCAAGUCUAUGUCUGUAAGUCAUAGCUAUGUCGCUCGUGUGGCACAAAAUAUCGGGCUAGAUGCCCCUGAAGGUUACGAAAUGCUGAGCUCGAUGAUUGGAAACAAUCGAAGUGUUGUAUUGACCCCUCUGGGCCAUCCUGCAGGUGUACACUUCGGGAUUCUGAAUCCCUUCUUCAACAACACAACUGUCAUACUACCUUUGCCCACAGUGUCACCGACUGGCGAAGCUCUUCUUGAUAUCUUGAAGAACUGUCACGCGGACUGGGUAGUCGCGGUGCCGCUGACUCUGGAGACCAUCUCCAAAGGCACAGCCCUCCUAAAUGAUAUCGCGCGUCAUGUGAAGCUGCUCCUCUUCUCUAGCGGUAGCCUUUCCAGUAACUCUGGGGAUACCAUCGCGUCCAAAAUCAAGCUCGUGUCUUUAGUAGCCUCCCCUGAGACGGGGCCGCUGCCGACAAUGUAUCGAUAUGGAUAUAACUCUCAAAAAGACUGGAAUUAUGUCCGGCUCCAUCCGGCCCUGGGGGCAAGGUUCGACCCACUACCCGGGGAUGUGUUUGAACUUGUCUUUGAGAGGUCACCUAAGUGCGAGUCUCAUCAGACAGUCUUCACUCUCUAUCCGGAUUUAGAAGUAUAUCGAACCAAGGAUCUGUUCACCCCUCAUCCCUCUCUUCCAGACACUUGGACUCACGCUUCACACUCGGAUGACAUUAUUGUCUUUCUCAGCGGCGAGAAGGCCAAUCCCAUUGUUUUUGAAAGUUAUGUAGCCAGGAAUCCAGAGGUUUCUGCGGCCUUGAUGUUUGGCCACCAGCGCUUCGAGGCCGGGUUACUGAUUGAACUUAAUUAUCAAGACACGCUUACCACGCUGGAGAAGGCGCAUAUCAUGCAAAGAAUUUGGCCGACUAUUGAAGAGGCAAACGAGCUGUUACCAGCCUACACCCGAGUCUCAGAGUCGCAUGUUUGCUUCACAGAUCCUGGAGUUCCAUUCAUCCGGACACUGAAGGGAUCAAUUCAUCGACAGGCGACCCUUCAGCAGUGCUCUGAUAAAGUCAAUCAACUUUAUAUAGAUGUCGAAGCAAUUUGGACUCCAGUAUCCAGACGGCCUAACAUAGGCGCGAUCGAGAAGGUCAAGGAGCUUGUGUCGAUGUCUGUAAGGGAGGCUACUGGAUGGGAAGAUAUCCAGGAAAAAGACGAUUUUUUUAUCCGUGGGAUGGACUCACUACAGGUUCUACAUUUGGUGAGACUGUUACGACAGAAAGUAUCCAUUCGAUCCAUCCAGCCAAGCACAAUCUAUCUGACCCAGACCGUUUCUGCUCUUGCAACUACCUUGAAAACAAUGGCCCGUGACAUGGAGUUCGCCGCAGCGCGAAAGAAGGAGCAGCAACUUCGAGAUAGAAUAGGCAUGCUAAAGAAACACAUGCAUGAGAUCGAUCUUGUGGCAGACAACAUCCUUUCUCAGGGAGUGCGUCGCGGCUACACGAGUGCAGCCAGGGAGGAUAAAAGACAUACGGUUCUCCUGACCGGUUCAACCGGUUCCAUUGGGUCGUUUAUCUUGAACACCUUGAUCAGCGAGCCUCGCAUUCGACACAUCUACUGCUUGAACAGAUCAGCUAACCCGGGCACUUUGCAAAAGGAACGCAAUGCCCUGUUGGAUUCCACUCUCCCAACCGCCUUUGCAGUCGAGAAAGUCACUUUCUUGACUGCGAAUCUGUCUGAGCCACUGACCUUGGGUCUCCCUGCCAUGAUCUAUAAAAGCAUCAGUGAUCAAGUGACACUCGUGAUUUACAACUCCUGGAAUGUGGACUCCCAUCUUCCUCUCACUGCGUUCGAGUCCCCGCUUUCUGGGGUUGUGAAUCUGUCCGCACUAUGUGUCCACUCUACUCUCCAAGCCGCCUUCGUCUUGAUCUCAUCCAUCAGCGCAGUCUCGCAAUUCGACGUCACCAAGUCUACCAACUGCAGCGUCCCCGAGACCAUCAUUGAAAACAUCGAGGCCCCCGCGGCGAAUGGUUACGCGGAAAGCAAGUAUAUAUCGGAGCGCCUUCUCGCCCAUGCCACAGCGAAACUUGGCCUGCGCAGAGCUGUGGUCCUACGUCUCAGCCAGAUCGCCGGGCCUGCCCGUUCUGAUGGACGCUGGGACUUUGACGACUGGAUUCCAGCGAUGAUCAUGGGAUCCAAGUAUCUCGGAGUGCUGCCCAGCUCGCUUGAUGGCGACGAGCAAGAUAGCCACACCCACCAGGCAAUUGACUGGCUCCCUAUCGACGAACUAGCUGACGUGGUAGUUGAGAUCGGCCUACAAGCCGCAGAUCAGUCGUUGAGCCUUUCUUCUUCUUCUUCUUCUUCUUCCUCUUCUUCAAACGAUGAGCACAUUCGUGUCCUUCACCCUUUGAACCCAUACCGAACAACAUGGAAAGCAUUACUACCCUGUGUGAAGGCUACGCUGGAAGAAACUGCCUCGCUGCAAACUACCAUUGAAGUUGUACCCCCAGGCGUCUGGAUCACCAGACUACGCGCCAACGCGGCAGCCCUGCUGGACGGGAGUGCGUCGGACGAGACGCGCGAGGCUAUUUUGCACGCUAACCCGGCUCUUCAAUUACUGGAUUUCUUCGACGCCCGAUUCGGCGCCCCGGGAGGCGACAAAGCGAUGCGCGGAGAUCUGCAGUGGGAAACCGUCAAUGCAGAAGAGGCAAGUGCUAAACUGCGGUCUGCGGCUGUGAUCGACGGAGCGAUGAUGGCGAGAUGGGUUCGGCAGUGGUGCGGUUGAGCCUUUUUUUCUCUUUUCUUUUCUUCUAGACCUAUAGAUUCUGCAUCGGAGAACUCACAGAUUGGGAGUUAACUCAUUCUAGUUGGAGAGCCUCUAUUUUCAUUAUUAACGC